AUGUCGGAUCUUUGUUUAGAUCGUAAGAACAUCGUAAGUGAACAUGAAGAAGCUAUUGAAUGUGAUUUAUGUCACAAGUGGCAGCACCACACAUGUGGAACUGUGCAAAAGGGAGGCGUCCCAGGGUUCUCUGGAUGUGUGGAACAUACAAGUGCCCUCAGUCAGAUCAUCGGGGAAGCAAAGGUUAACCAAAAAGACCUCACUGUUGUCUGGCUUGACCUUGCCAAUGCGUAUGGCUCCAUACCACACAGGCUAAUUGAGACCGCACUGAAGCACUACCACAUCCCAGACCAUGUGCAACAGAUUAUCAAUGGAUACUUCAGUAACAUACAACUACGGUUUGCUGUAGGAGAACAGUCAACACCUUGGAUAAGGCUCGAGAAAGGAAUAGUAACAGGCUGCACUAUUUCAGUCGUGUUAUUCGUGAUGGGAAUGAACUUAAUUAUCAAUGCCGCAAAGAGGGAAACCAGAGGACCAAAGACAACCUCUGGGAUAUACCUCCCAUCCAAUAGAGGUUUUAUGGAUGACCUCACCGUAACUACAACGACACACGUGCAAGCUCGUUGGGCUCUUAGAGCAUUGGAUGAGACAGUGACUUGGGCAAGAAUGAAGUUCAAACCAAAGAAAUCGAGGAGCUUGGUAAUCAAGAAGGGAAAGGUUACUCAAAGGUUCACCCUCCAGGUACAGAGCGAAGACAUACCAUCCAUAGUAGACAAUCCUAUCAAAUGCCUAGGAAAAUGGUACGAUGUCAGCCUUAACGACACAAGCAGCACAAACCGCACCAAGAACCAACUCCAAGAAGGUCUAAAGCAGAUAGACCAGACUUCACUUCCUGGGAAAUUCAAGGCAUGGCUAUACCAACAUGGAUUGUUACCAAGACUCAUAUGGCCUCUAAUGCUGUAUGAGAUAGCAGUUUCUACUGUGGAAGGCUUUGAAAGAACCAUCAACAGAUACCUCCGUAGAUGGCUAGGGGUCCCACCAAGUUUCACCAGCAUCGGACUGUAUGGGAGGACCAACCAGCUCCAACUCCCAAUAUCAUCAGUUGUUGAGGAGUACAAAGUUGCUAAGGCCAUGAUGGUGGUGACACUGAAAGAAUCUUCUGAUGACCUGAUCAGGAUGGCAGGCAUAGAGACUAGAACCGGAAGGAAGUGGUCAGCAAGCCAGGCGGUGUCCCAAGCUGAAAGUAUACUGAGACACAAAGACAUCGUCGGAACUACUACGGAGGGCAGACAAGGGCUUGGUAUGAUAAAACCACAGCGAUGGAGUACGGCAGAUAAAAGGGAGAGGAGUCAGAUGGUGCAGACGGAAAUCAGGGCGAGCGAAGAGGAGAGCAGAAGAGCCCGUUCAGUUGAAAUGGGUGGACAAUGUGCCUGGAACAAAUGGACAACAACAGAUAGGAAGUUGACUUGGGCAGACAUCUGGCAGUAUGAGCCGCUAAGACUCAAAUUCCUGUUAAGGUCAGUUUACGACCUGCUGCCAUCCCCAACCAACCUCCACAGAUGGGGUCUAGUGGAAGACCCAAGUUGCAGUCUUUGUAACAAGCCAGGCACCAUGGAACACAUCCUGUCAUCAUGUCAGACUUCGCUGACACAGGGCCGCUACAGAUGGAGACACGAUGCUGUCCUUAGGGAGCUAGCAGAUGUACUUGAGCGCGAGAGAAGGAAGAAAAGAACAGCAAAGAAAACAGCAUCUACAAAGAUCAACUUUGUCAAGGCAGGGGAAACAACCACAAAGCAAGCUCCUAGAAACACGUCGAUCUUAGAUGAAUCAGACCAAUGGGAGAUGAAAGUCGACUUAGGGAAGAAGCUGGUCUUUCCCGAGAUCGUCCAAACUACACUGAGGCCUGACAUAGUGAUAUGGUCCACCAAACACAAGAAGCUGGUGACCAUUGAACUCACCGUCCCAUGGGAAUCAAUGUGCGACAUGGCAUAUGAGCGGAAGAAAGCCAAAUACACUGAUCUCUUAGACCAGUGCAGUUCCCGCGGUUGGAAAACAUGGCUGUUCCCGAUCGAAAUUGGCGCUAGAGGCUUUCCCGCACAAUCACUGUGGAGGAUGCUAAGUGCCCUAGGAAUCAGGGGAGGAGAGAGAAAGAGAGCUUUUGGGAGACUAGGUCAAGCAGCAGAGAGAGCGUCCAGCAGACUUGGUGUGGUAGAGGCCUUGAAGAAUGUCCGCCAUGUGAAGGACAUCCUGCAAAACAAGCGUGACUCUAUUGACACAUAUCAUGGCUGUCUGUAUGAGGAGGCUGUGGCUGUAGCCAAAGCUGUCGGAGUGGACCCUUCAAUCCCAAGGCGAUGUGGCAGACAGACACAACGAAACAACAUCCCAGCAGACACUCCAGAAACAUACUACAAGAGGGUUUUAACCAUUCCAUUCCUGGACCACCUGCUGCAGCAGUUUAGUGAGCGUUUCACAACGCUUCAUGAGAGGGCUUCUUCUGCACUCCUCCUUAUUCCAUCAGUAAGACAGGACCGGACAACACCAGUCUGGAGUACUACUUAG